ACAGUUGAUUCUAAAACAGCAGAAUGCUGAAAUUACUAUUAGCUGCGGUCCUUGUUAGUUUCUCCAUGGCACUGCCGUCAAUGGACAAAAAGGAGAUUGAAGAGAGGUUUGGUGCUGUGAACUGGGAUCCUAAUGUUAAAACCCUCUACUGCAGUGAUUGUAUUGAGGUUUCAGUUGAAUCUACUGGAGGAACCCUAGAACAUCAACCAAUGAGACUUGGCAGAUAUACUGUUGCUGGAUCUCUCUGGGAGAACUGGAUUCCUCUUUUCAAGUCUGAGAGUAACCAAUGGUUGACCCCUGACCCUAACUCCAACCCUGUAAUCUACUACAUUAAGUGGGUCAUCUCAGAAACUGUUGGAGGAUUUAAUGCAGGAGUACAAAACAACGCUUACACUGACGGAUUCAACUGCCCUUGGGAGAUACCAGAUAACUGGGAAUACGAAUACCAGAGACAGUGGUUUAUUGACCCCACACUUAAGAUCCGAUGCACUAAAUACAGAAACCAAGAAUAGAUCAAGGAUUUACUUCAAAACCCUAUAUUUGCUGAAUUUUAAAUAUAAAAAUAAAUAUUGGAUUUGAUUUA